AUGGGAGAAACUCAACUCAACCCUCUGGUCACGCCUCCACUCACAUGGAUUCUCCUUUUCCCUGCGUCGUGGCGUUACGCCACUGCACAGUCUGUCGCACCGCCGCCGCCGCAAAACUCCAACCUCGGAAUCUACUCAAACUUUGAUCCGUCUAUGGCUAUUAUAAUUCUGAUACUCGUAUCCAGUUUCGUAUUCAUUACGUUGUUCUCCAUCUAUGUCCGUCACUGCUCAGAAACCAUGAUUUCUGUACCUCCACCCGCUGAUGACGGCUCCGUGAAGCGUGGCCUUGAUCCUGCCGUGAUCAGGACUUUUCCGACGUUCAUUUACUCUGCUGUUAAAGAUCUCAAAUUAGGUAAAGGUGCUCUUGAAUGUGCAGUGUGUUUAAGCGAGUUUGAAGACGACGAAACGCUGCGUUUAAUUCCGAAAUGCGAUCACGUCUUCCAUCCUGAUUGCAUCGACUUAUGGCUGGGUUCUCACGUUACGUGUCCGAAUCAGAAUCAGAAUCAGAACGAGAACAAUUCAGUUUCUGAAAUUGUUAUUGAUGUGAACGAUGAGCUAAGCAGAAGCAAUGAAGUGCAAUUAGGCGAAACUGUUAGAAGAAACGACGCCGUGUCUCUGAAGUUUCCACGGUCUCACUCGACGGGACAUUCGCUUGUACUAGCCGGAGUGAACGUAGAGAGAUACACAUUAAGAUUGCCUGUAGAGAUUAGAAAGCAAUUAAUUAACGGUAAGAUUAAGCGAACACAGAGUUUUAGUGUCGUUUUGGGAAGGGAAGGGACUUCCAGAAAGGGUAGUUAUAGGAGUGGAGGAGAUGGAAGUAACAGAGGAAAACGUAAUAUGGACCGGUGGGUUUUGUCGAGGACUACACCGUUUGUUUCGAAGACGAGAGUCUACUUUGGUAGAUUAGUAAGGGAAAAGGAUGCAAGGCCAGCCAUUGAAUAUUGUGAUGGUAGAGGUCAUGAAAUUGAGGGGGAUGAACCUGGGUAA